CCAGAUGAAAGAAUUGUCAAAAGUUUUGCAUUCCACUUGUACUUAAUUAAUUCAUUUUAGUUCAUUACAAAUCCUCAGUGAAUGAAAAUGGGUGCAAUCAGUAAAAGGCUUUUAAUCUGUAAUACCGUCAAAAUUUGUACAAUGGCUAAAGCUUACUCCUAGGGGUACGGUCUCUAUAGCAGCGUUUACAGUGCUAAAUUCUCAUCUAUAGUUUAGUUCUGAAUUAAUCAAAAUUAGCAAACCUAUUUCAUUCAAGCGGAAGAAAAACAUUACGAUGGCUACGCAAGAGGAUAGGUCUUUGGGUUCGGGUAUGCCUAUCCCCAAGUGGAUGAAGAACAAGAUGAGCGACAAGUUCGAUUUCGGCCAGACGGCCUUCUCCCCGACCGAGCUAGAUGACAGUUUUAUGUUCCACUAUAGACCGCAAGCGCAGGGAGGGGUGGAUUCGAAGAAACUCGGCACCCCCGGCCUCCAGGACAACAUCACGGCGUCUCAGGUGAACAACGCCAAGGUCGACUUGUCCAGGCACCCCCCACCCUGUCAGAAAUACCUGCAGAACAUCAACGACGCGUCGCCGCCCCAGGUCACCCCCGAGAUGAAGAUCAAGUCGUCGGGCACGGACGACGGCUUCAAGGGGGAGGCGGCCAAGUGCGGCAGCUCCAUCAUCCGCGUGGCCAGCCAGAUGGUGUCGGGCAAGAUGGUGCACGGGUUCACUAUCAAGGAGGACACCAAAUGCGACAAGGACCAGGCCUCGACGGAACAUUACGACCUGAUGAAGAGGAGGGGCAGCAAGUCGCUGCCCGCUACGCCGCUCGCGUCGCCCAGCACUUCGCCCAAGGCAGGCAGACGGGCCAUGAAUAAGUACUUCACGGCGGCGUUCACGGAUACGGAGAAAGCUAAAGGCGGUUGGAUCUUGUCGAACCUGCUGGCGCGGCGGGACCUAUCGCAGUCCGUGGGAUUCAUCAACGAGGAGACGAAAGAGGAGCUGGAGAGGUCCGCGUCCACGGCGAGCAUAGACGAACUGUCGACGUCGAGGAAUAAGACGAACGUCUUCAAAGCGAAACCGUCGGAGCUGCGGGAGAUGAACUUUUGGUCGCCGACGUCCAUGUAGAAAAAAAAUUAAUUUAGAUCUGCGAGGGUCGCUGUUCUUGUAACGUACCGAUCGUACGGAGAUUAUUUUUUUAAUUUAUUCCUAACGACACUCAACUAGACUAGACCGUGGAAUUUAGUAUUAACGACCUGCGUAUUCUUAUGUUUUAGGUUAGGGUAUAGUUGUAAAAAUAAAGUUGGAUAUCCUUGUACUGUUAUUUUUUUACUUGUAUGUAUGUGUAUGUUUGUUCAACUUGAUUCCUGUUAAGUUCCAAUAAAUUGUGAUUGUUUGCAAUAAGUUUGAAAAUAAAGAUGUUUAAAAUUCA